CAUUGUCUCCUGAGGGUGACACCAGCAGGUGCGCGAUGCCGCUCCCCCGGGCUGCCUCCAAGUCCUCCUUCUCCACCACACGUACCUCCUCCCUGAGCAGUAUCCGCACCCCCUCACAGGCGAGUCUUAGAAGCCUAGGGUCCAAACAACAGAGUUUUGCAAGCAUCGCAGCAAGAAUCAAAAUGGGUCGCAAGGGUGACAAGACUUUAGGCAAAGACAAGAACCAGUCAUCAUCAAGUCAAGAUGCCCAAGACGAGGAUUCCAACAAAACCCCAGAGCCAUACAACUGCUCCGGGCUGUUCCAGUCCGACUUUGCUGAGUUGUGUCAUAGGCAAGACAUGACAUUUGUCCCACAGAUAGUUCCACGCCCUCGGCCGACGGCGCCAUCUCCCAGUCAGGUUGCGGAAGGUAAACCAGAGAAGGGAAGGGAUAAAAACAAACAAGUCAGUGCCCCGGAACCAGACCCGGAACCUUUGUUAGACGAGGAUGGUGUGUGGUUUUUGAUUGUGACAAGUUUGAGUAGCCACUUCAAGCCAUCGAUACAGGUGGAGAUGGACAACCCUGACAAGCUGGACACUGUCACUGAAAUAUACAUUCGUGGUUGGAAGGUUGACGAGUGUAUGAUGAACAUAUUCAAACAGUGCUGGCCGGCCAUGGAGAGGCUACAUACAAUCAAUUUGUGGCAGGUGGGACUGACCGGGGAGACUGUGGCCAUCUUGGCGUCCUUCAUGCCGCUCUGCAUGAAUCUGAAGAACCUGGUCCUGGGAUGGUCUGUGCUGGGAGAAGGUGAAGAGAACUGGCAUCUGUUGGUGGAUGAUGACAGGCAGGUGACACUUCUCUCACUCCAACAUUGCGCCGUCUCUGAUGAAGCUGCCGAGGCUGGCAGGGCUCUGGGUACUGUAAGCGGCUUCAACCUAAAGCUCUUGUCUCUCAACCUGGCUGGCAACAGGAUCACAGAUGUUGGCGCGGAGCAUUUAGCAGGGGGACUUAGGAUGAACAGAACACUGCUGUCUCUCUCCCUGGCCAACAACCAGAUCGGAGAUAAGGGGGUGAAGAAAAUAGCAGAGGCACUGUCUCGGUUUCCCCUGACACACGAAGAGGUGGUGGCACGUCGUCGUCUCAUCUCAGAGAAAGGUUCUCCAGAGAGAAAUAAAUCUCCACCACCGAGUCGCAGAGCGGAUUCUAAGGACCGUCCUGGCAGUGUACGUAGCAGCUCUCACACGGACAGGGACAAGUCUAAGCGAGACAAGCCAUCUGCCAAAAAGAAUAAGGACCCCAAAGCAAAAGAGGAGGACAAGAAGGGAGGGACAAGGAAAGAAAAAGAUGACAAAGGCGGCACCAAGAAGG